GUAUUUGCCUUGACGCCAAAAAAAAAUGUUUUAAGUAUUGCCGCGCCAAUGACGAUUCGUCGUCUCCAAUUCGCCACUUCUCUCUUCUCACGAUCUGAAUAACCAAAACACACCAGUGAAGAACAAAUAAAAUCAUUUCCUCAUGGCGUAUUCCGGCGAAGAUAAGAAGGAGAAGCUAAAGCUCUACUCUUAUUGGAGAAGCUCGUGUGGCCAUAGAGUGCGUAUAGCCCUCAGUUUAAAAGGGAUUGAAUAUGAGUAUAUACCAGUGAACUUGCUCAAGGGAGAUCAAUUCAAUCCAGAUUUCAUGAAGAUCAAUCCAAUGGGUACUGUACCUGCGCUUGUGGAUGGAGAAGUUGUGAUCUCUGAUUCUUUUGCCAUUAUAAUGUAUCUAGAUGAGAAGUAUCCUGAGCCACCUUUGUUACCUCGUGACCUCCAUAAACGAGCUUUAAAUUACCAGGCUGCAAGCAUUAUCUCCUCUGGUAUACAGCCUCAUCAAAAUCUAGCUAUUAUUAGGUAUAUCGAGGAAAAGACAAAUGCUGAAGAGAAAAUAAAUUGGAUUAAUAACGCUAUCACUAAAGGAUUUACAGCUUUGGAGAAACUAUUGGUGAAUUGCGCUGGAAAGUAUGCGACUGGUGAUCAAGUUUACUUGGCUGAUCUUUUUAUAGCGACCCAAAUCCACACAGCAGUUAUCAAAUUCAAGAUUGAUGUGGAACCGUAUCCGACUCUUGCAAAGUGUUACGAGUCAUACAACGAACUGUCUGUGUUUCAAGAUUCAAUCCCCGCGAAACAGCCAGAUGCUCCAACUCCAACCAGCUGAUUCCGUGAAACUUUUCUCACCUUUUACCACGUUUUCAAUCAGUUGUGAUGGAUAUAUCGUCACAAUGUCUUCAAAAUGAUC